CGUGUGUGUAACGAUAGCCCAACAAUAGACGUACUACUGAUGGUCAGCCGUCCAGACAUAGAGGUCAACAUCCCUGUGAUGUUCAAGGUCAAAACUGAGUGCGUCAGGAGCGUAUCCGCAUUGUACCUGUUAAAACAGACAGCACACCAGGACUGGGCCAUAUUCUAUGUUAACAUACUAUAACUGACAACAUGUAAACUCACAUCUUAAAACUCAACCGACGAUCUAGCCACGAUGAUUAUUUACAUCUUAUUGCUAAGCUUUCUUUCCUGUGAAUGUUAUUUCCAUCAUGAAGGGAGUCCAGUAGUUCAGAGGGUCGAUGGCUGGUAUAACAACUUUGCUCAUAUAAAUUGGGGUGGAGCAGGUGAGCCACUUCUACACAACAUCACAACGGCGUACACCGACUUCACGUACCAGGCUCCCAAUGAAGGACUUCCGAGUGCCAGAGAAAUCAGUAACGUACUCUUCAGACAGAACAUGUCUAUAGGAUCAGGGGGUUCGGUCAGCAACAGAUCAGCACUGUUCGCGUUCUUUGGUCAAUUGGUGGACUUUGAACUUACGGAUGUAGACGAUACAACGUGUCCAGUUGAGUUGAUGUCCAUCCCUGUACCAAGGUGUGACCCGGAUUACGAUCCUCAAUGUUCCGGGACCGUGUCUAUGCCAUACGAAAGGGCAGCUUAUGACAAAAAGAGCGGUCAGACACCCAACUCACCUCGUCAACAGAUAAAUGGAGCCACCAGUUAUAUCGACGCCAGCUUUGUGUACGGUACCAACACAGUACGAACCGCUUUCCUUCGUAAGGACAAGACAGCGUAUCUGGCAACCGGUGAUAAAUGGCAAAAGUAUCCAGAAGCAAAUGAUAUUGGAGUUCCUUAUGAUGCCUACCCUUCUGUGUCAGACCACAAUAUAGAUAAUCCCCUUAAACUAUGGAAGUUGGGAGAUAAACACGUUCACGAGAACCCCGCAGUUCUCUCCCUUGGUGUCCUCUUUCACAGAUGGCAUAACUAUUUAGCUGAAAAAUUCACCAGGGAAGACAAUACAAAGCUACCACCGGCCGAUAUUUUUGCUAAAUCAAGAAAAUGGGUGAUAGCUUCCCUACAGAAUAUUAUUGUCUAUGAAUGGUUGCCGAAGCUUAUGAAGACAAAGUUACCUCCAUACGAAGGGUACAAAGCGUCAACAGAGCCCGGUAUCACAGCCGUGUUCGAUGCUGUAGCCCUCAGAUACAUUAUGACGUUAAUGCCUGCGGGGAUCUACCAAAGAGAAAAACACAGUUGUCAUCAAAACGACACAGGUUUUAGCCCCAUGCCUCUACGGCUCUGCAACACCUACUUUGGAUCGCAGGACAUUCUGACUGAACGAGAGGAUGGUGUCGAGGAAACUCUACUCGGCCUUGCGAAUCAACUGAGUGAACGGGAGGACAUUAAAAUCGUGGAGGACAUACAAAGUAAAUGGUAUGGUCCGCUGCAUUUCUCCCGCCAGGACCACGUAGCACAGACAAUUAUGAAAGGACGUGACUACGGCUUGCCUGACUACAACACCGUCCGGAGGGAGCUGGGACUGACAGAAAUCCUAGAAUGGGGUGACAUCAAUCCCGUGCUUAAUAGUACGAACCCCGAGGUGUUCGAGUCUCUGAGGAGGCUAUAUGGUGACAUAAACAGCAUAGAUCCGUUCGUUGGCGGUAUGUUGGAAACAACACAAGAAGGGCCUGGCGAAAUGUUCUCCGCCAUACUUGUUGACCAAUUUACCCGGAUCAGAGACGGUGACAGGUUUUGGUUCGAAAAUAACCACUCAAGAUUAUUCACACCUGAUGAAAUUGCGGCAAUAAAGAAAAUAACACUGCACGAGGUCAUCGUAAAGUCAACAGAAAUCAGUGAGAAUGACUUACAAAAAGAGGUUUUUAAUGUAAAUGAGUCCGUCUGUCCGCCUGUUUAUGUCGAUAUCAGUAUGGUAGAUGCCUGUACAGGACACAAAGGCUACGACUACUUCGCCGGGAGUGAAAUCAGUUUCAUCAUCAUAUGGUCAUGUUUUGGAUUAAUUCCACUGAUAUGCGUUCUGUCGGCCUAUAUCGCCGCUAGAUGUCGAACCUGGAACCACAACAAACAUGUAAGACGUCAACAGGUGUGCAGGCAAGCAAAGGAUGCUGAAUCUAACUCCAAAGAAAUACAGUCGUUUAUGGCCUUUGAGUGGUUAGGAGAGAAGCAAUCGACACGCCCAGUGGUUGUCAAGCUUAGACCAAAGUGUACAGUGGAACUGACCAGCACUCGAGGUACGAGACUUCGGACUCUAGGCCUGGGUCACUCCUCAGACGUAGAAAUCUACAAUAGCACAAACAAAGGGCGGACAACUCUGAUGAUCAAAGUUCCAAAAGAAUAUGAUAUGUGUUUGCAGUUCCAAACGUUUCCUCAGCGUAACCUGUUUGAAAACGCCCUGUGCUCUUUAAUGGAGAAAGAUGGUCGACAAGCAAUGAUACACGAAGUCAAGAUAAAGCACAUCUAUAGCAACACGUUCACACAGGUCAAGAGGAACGCGGUGUUGGAAAAAUUCUUCAAAACAGUUUUCUCUGAGGCUUUCCAAAUGGAUUAUGAUCCAAACUUGGAGGAAAAUGAGAGCGAGUCUACCCAAACUGCAGCAGAAAUAUUAGAAAUUGAAUUAUCAAAGGAAGAAUUUGCUCACGCGCUAGGUAUCAAGCCUCGAUCUGACUUUGUGGAGAACAUGUUUAGUCUGUUGGACUCUGAAAGAAGCGGGUACAUCUCAUACAGGAACUUCCUUACUGCAGUAGUCCUCUUUUCUAAAGGUUCGUGUCAAGAUAAAUUGCAACUUGUGUUCCGUAUGUUUGAUACCAACUCUUCAGGUUCCCUAGACAAGGCCGAACUCAUCAAAAUGUUCAACUCAUUGUUGGAGAUGGCAAAUAGUAACUUAGGAAAGGAAGAAGUCAUCAGCCUAGUGGAGUCGAUGUGCAGCCAGAAUGGUUUACAAGAACAAUCUAGUUUCAACUUCGACGACUUCUGCCAAAUUCUCUCUCCUCAGAUGGACAAAAUCUGGAAUGGGGGAUUAGAAUGGAAAGGGAGAAAGAACUGUUACCCGACCCCUCAGGAUCUCCGUAAAAGUAUGGAUACGAGAAGGAAAUCAUCUGUUGCUUUGGACACCCGCCGGAAGAGUAGUGCCAGUAUAGAGGAGACCCUGACGAAGACAGCUAGCUCUAACUCCCUUAUGGCAAAUAUUCCGACGGAACUCCGCACGCGCUUUGAGGCCACCAGGGAGAAGUACCAUCCGGUCAAGGCCAAGAUCAAGAAUCUGAAACAUUUUAUAGAAAAUAACAGGCAGAAUAUUUUCUUUCUUGUACUGUUUUACGGAAUAUGCUGGGGAUUAUUUGGUGAACGAUUUUAUUACUACACCGUUGAGCGUGAACACAGUGGCCUGAGAGCCUUGAUGAGUUACGGAAUUAGUAUGACCAGGGGAGCGGCCGCCGGAAUGUCUUUCACGUUUUCACUCUUGCUAUUGACAAUGUGCAGGAAUAUGAUCACGUGGUUACGAGGGACAUUCCUAAAUCUGUAUGUUCCAUUUGAUUCGCACGUGGCAUUUCACAAAGUCGUGGCAUGGACAGCACUUUUCUUCACGGGACUCCAUGUGCUCGGAUACAGCUUCAAUUUCUACCAUCUUGCUACACAACCAACCGGACAUCUGUGUAUCUUCGACUCCAUCGUCCUCAGAGCCGAUUCACAACUGGGUUUCGUGUUUUGGAUGUUCGGAAAUAUGACCGGGUUUACUGGAGUUUUGUUAGUCAUCCUUAUCUGCAUCAUAUACGUGUUUGCGACUCAGACAGCCAGGCAGCUGAUCUUCAACGGAUUUUGGUUGACACACAAGUUGAUCGCUGUUCUCUAUAUCUUAACCAUUCUCCACGGCGCAUCAUUGAUCGUCCAGAAACCUCUCUUUUAUGUAUAUUUCAUCAUUCCUGCGAUCUUGUUUACAAUUGACAAGAUCGUGAGUCUGAGUCGGAAGAAGACGGAGAUCACGGUGAUGAGGGCGGAGAAACUGGAUUCAGAUAUAACUUACUUGGAAUUCAAACGUCCGGCUAAGUUCGAGUAUAAAUCAGGACAGUGGGUUAAGAUUGCUUGUCUGUCACAAGGGAGAAACGAGUACCAUCCCUUUACACUGACUUCCGCUCCCCACGAGGACACGCUGUCUCUACAUAUCAGGGCAUUGGGGCCGUGGACGUGGAAUAUACGACAGACAUUCGACCCAGAGAAUCUCAAAGAUGGUCCUUAUCCAAAGUUGUUCCUGGAUGGGCCGUACGGGGCAGGGCAACAAGACUGGUACCAGUAUGACGUAUCUGUACUCGUGGGGGCGGGAAUAGGCGUCACUCCCUACGCCUCUAUCCUCAAAGACUUUGUACACAUGGCCAUGAUGAGGAACACCUACAGGAUGAAGUGUCAGAAGCUGUACUUUGUGUGGAUAACGGCCAGCCAGCGACACUUUGAGUGGCUCCUCGACAUCAUUCGCGAAGUGGAAGCAAUUGACAAGAAAGGCAUUGUUUCCAUCGAUAUCUUUAUCACCAAGUUCUUCCAAAACUUUGACUUGCGGACGUCUAUGUUGUAUAUUUGCGAGGAACACUUCCAAAAGUUGUCCGGGGGGUGCAGCGUCUUUACUGGACUGAAGGCCAACACCCAUUUCGGACGCCCAAAGUUGAAUGAGAUGUUCGAAGCUGUACAGAAGGCUCAUCCCAUGGUACGGAAGGUGGGCGUGUUUAGCUGUGGACCCCCUGGGGUAACGAAGAGUGUGGAGCAAGGCUGUAUUGAGGCUAGCAAUGGCACUAAAGCCCAGUUUGAACAUCACUUCGAGAAUUUUUAAAGGGAAAAUCAACAGUUGAUUUUGAUGUUUAAGUUUGAACCUUCAUAUCGACUAUAGGGACUGUUUAGAACAUUGCUUUAUGUUACCUACAAAGGUAAAAAUUAGUGUACAUCAUUGUGGUGAUGUAACUGGUAUGUGAGGGGAGGUUUCAAUGAUAAGGGGAGGGGUGAGGUAGUAUUUGAUUGUAUAAAUGGCAUUUCUAUAUAUUUAGUGAGUAUGUUGUGUAAAGAAUGUUACUGAAUCUCCUUCUUGCCUCUUUAUUUGUAUAUCUCAUUGUUUCGUCAUUAUAAACUGGGCCAUAUCAGUAGUUCACUAGACCUUAUAUAAACGGAUGAUAGCUUAGUCAGCUUAGUCCACUUACAUACGUAUAGCUGAGUGGACAUGUACAUGACGCAUGGUUUGUUUUUUGUUUUUGUUUUCGCUGCUCAGCAUUUGUUAUACAAAUGUAUACAAGUAUGUUUGAUAUUCCGUAGAUUUUCACCAAAAGUCGACAUACAUGUGUUUUAAAUAGUUAUUCUUAUAUAAAAAAAAGUUUUACUGCAUCCAUUUUCCCUAGAAGUUUGAUAUUUUCAUUUGAUUUUCAGAAUAGGAGGAGAUGGUAUCUCUAAGAAUAACCGUUCUAUGUCAAAUGUAGAUAAAUAUAUUUUCUCUGAAGCGCAUAGCAUGACUUGUAGAUAGUACAGUCUUGCUCUAUUUAUUCAUUUAUUAAGUGUUUUAUGUACUGAUGAAGGCAGUUUGAAACCCAAUGUUCUGCUGAGGAUAUAAUUAUAACUUGUAAUCAGAUGUAUACCCACGAACUACCAUGUCUUUCUAUGUUAACGGUACAUCAGGUCGAUACGUAUGUGAGAUACUUGUGGACGGAACUAUGCUGUGUAGUAUAAAAUGAAUGAUCAGUAAAGAUGUAGACUAUUUUUUUUAAAAAUGGUCUUUUCUGGAAUGUUUGCCGAGGGAAAUUUUUACAUAUAAAAGAAAUCUAUAUUUUAUGAUACGUUCACAUAACUUUCCCAUAACGUGAAUACGAUCCUGAAACGUGGCGUCAAUGUCCAGGUAAAGGUCAACCUCGCAAUGACGUUUCAGUUAUAAUAUACGAUCUAUAUUUUUGUUUGAGUAUUCUUCUGAAGACUUUUUUUUCAUUCCUACUCCAACGUUUUACUUACUGAAGACAGUAACAAUCUUGUUUUUUAAAAUAUAUUUUUAGAAUAAUAUACCUUACUCUCCACUGAGGAUAAUUUGGUUUUUUAUGUGCUCAUGUUUUGUAAACAAGAGUUGUGAAUAAAUCUGAGAUUUCAUAGACUCAGACUCGCUUUGUAGAAAAUAUAACUCCUAUCUUUAAUAGUAUCUAACACGCGUAUACCAAUGUGUCAAACAGCGCAAUAUCUCCCAUCAAUAUGAAUGAAAAAGGAUUGUCAUUUUAAGUUUAAACCCGUCUUGUGUUUGGUAUUGAAUCCUGUGUGAACUUUUUAGAGCGAGAUGUACCGAGAAAUGGAUGUAUUAGUAUUUGUUAGAAUGAUACUUAGCUGCUGUAUAGUUAUGUAUAUUUUACUCCCUAUUAAGGGAAGCACGUGUUUAUAUUUAAUGAUGUAUGUAUGUAUAAUGGAACUAGUGCUGUAAACUUUUACUUUGUUACUGAGUUCUGUCAUCGUUGUACUUACUAGAAUGUGCCUUAUUAGUUCAUGAUAGAUAGAUUAAUAUCAAAAAUCACGUGGAGAGGUAAAAUAUAUAUCAUCCUUAACCAUGCAGAUUGGAGAAAAAUAAAGAGGAAAAUAAUAAGAUAAA